GCAAAAUUUCUCCUUCCCCUCAACAACACUGCGAGGAAUGCUAAAUAAAGCGGUGGAAACAUAAAAGGUUUCAGCCAUGUGGCUCUACCUGGCUGCCCUGCUGGGGCUUUACUUCCUUCGCCGAUGGUACAAGGAGAGACAGACGGUGGGGAACCUGACGGAGAAAUAUGUCUUCAUCACGGGGUGUGACUCUGGCUUUGGAAACCUACUUGCCAGGCAGCUGGAUGCCCGGGGCCUGCGGGUGCUGGCAGCCUGUCUCACGCAGAAGGGGGCAGAGCAGCUGGACAAGGCCACCUCAGAGCGCUUGAAAACCACCAUUCUGGAUGUCACCAGCACAGAGAGUGUGGCGGCAGCGACGGAGUGGGUGAAAGGGUGCAUUGGGAACAAAGGGCUUUGGGGCUUGGUGAACAACGCAGGCACAGCUCUACCAUCAGGUCCCAACGAAUGGCUGACCAAAGAUGACUUUGCAAAGGUGAUCAAUGUCAACCUUCUUGGGAUGAUUGAUGUGACGCUACACAUGGUGCCUCUGGUGAGGAGAGCCAGAGGGAGGGUGGUCAACGUGUGCAGUACGAUGGGACGCCUGGCCUGCUUUGGAGGUGGUUACUGCCCAUCCAAGUUUGGUGCGGAAGCCUUCUCUGACAGCCUGAGGCGAGAGCUCCAUCCUUUUGGAGUCCAAGUCAGCAUUAUUGAACCUGGUGGUUUCCAAACAACCAUUUUCACACAAGCAAAAGAGAAUUUAAAGAAUGUAUGGAACCGAGUGCCGUCUGACAUCAAAGAAGUCUAUGGGAAACAGUACUUGGAGAACUAUUGCAAAAUUGCCCAAGAUGUCUUUAGCACUUCCAACAGCAAGCUUCACCUGGUCACAGACUGUAUGGAACAUGCCCUGACAUCCUGCUACCCUCGCACUCGCUACUCUGCAGGAUGGGAUGCAAAGCUCUUGUACAUUCCUGCCUCUUACUUUCCAACGUCCAUCGUUGACUUCGUGGCGAGCUGCAUUCAGCCCAAACCUGCUCAAGCAGUAUAGAUUGCAUUGAAGAAAAACCUUUACAGUUGUCCAAAUGAGCCAACAAUCUGUGGAUGGAACACAAGCCUAACUGCAUCUUGAUGUUUACGUUUUUAUUUUUCUUGUUUAUGCAAAAUAGAAAAUGCAAAAACAAACAAACUUUUGCCAGCAGUUUGUUUCAGACUAAAGAAAAGAAGAAGAAAAAAAUUAGUUAUAUUGCCAAAGGGAAAGCCAGUAGAUGGUGUUCCUGUUUUCAGUUUAGCUUAUACUGUAUGUUAUGGCUAUCGGGCGGUUGCUCGAGAGAGAUCAGGCAAGAUGCCUCCACUGGUCUUUUCAAAAGCUUUAUUAUUAGUGCUAAAACCUUUACACUGCAGAACGCCUCUUUCCAUGUCUUGCUCACUCACUAGCAAAAUCUGAGAGUCGGCGGUCCUUAAACUUUCCCCAGCAGAGUAGUUUCUUGACUCCCAGCCGAUGCCUCCCCUCUC